AUGAGCUCCUGGAUCAACGAGGCCGCUGUCCAGAAUCACAAUGGCAACGGCUUCCCUCACAUCAACGACCACUCUGCUGUCCCCGGAGCCAUGAUGGACCCUUCCGCGUACAUGGGCAAUCCCGCCCAGUUCAAUCCGCAAUUCGCGAACCCGCAGCAGAUAGUAAUGAACAAUGGCUCCAUGCGCAAUGCCUCGCCUUCGUUCCCGAACCCAAUGUAUCAGACGAACCCCGUCAUCCCAUCGAAGCGGCCUCGCCCGCGCGAGGACAGCUUGGGGCAGUCGCCGCGACAGGCGCCUGGUAUGUUGCCGACCUCGCGCGCCGACACUCCUCAGCAGUCACCCUUCUCGGGUUUCCCGCAGCCGGGGAUGCAGCCACAGUCCUCCGGCCAGCCUUCCCCCUAUCCUCAUCUCCAAACGAAUGGCUCCGCGAAUGCGACGCCUUCGCCCAUCAUGAGCAACCAAAUGCGACCUGGGAGCGUUCCUCAAAGAGUCUCGACAACCUCUCCUCACCCGUUUUCGCCCGCGACACAACAAUUCCCCCAGGCAUCCCCAAUUCCAUCCGAUCAUGGCGGCACGCCGCAACCCUUCAUGCAACAGAAUAGCUUCCAGCCCAACUUCAACCCCCAGUUCGCGCAAGCGCAAUCGCCCGCGCGGCCGUCACCGACUCCAAACGCAAUGGGCGGACAGAUGAUGGCGCAGCAAAUGGGUCAGAUGCCUCAGCAGAUGCAGUUACAAGGUCAAAUCCCGCAAAUGCCGGGCCAGAUGCCAAAUCAAAUGGGCCAGCUACACAACCAAAUGGCAGGUCAGAUGCAGAAUCCCAUCUUCCCCCAACAAAUGCCACAGGCUCGGAACACGAUAGACCAGCAAAGAGCGAUGUACCAGAUGCAGCUCCAGCAGCAGCAAGCUCAGCGGAGUGGGAUGCAAAUACAGCAUAUGGGUCCACAAAACAUGAUGCAUCCGCAAGCUAGUCCAAACCAAGCGCAAUCUCAAGCACAGGCACAAGCGCAAGCCCAGGCGCAAGCACACGCUCAGGCGCAAGCUCAGGUGCACAGGAACAUGAUGGCUCCAAGGCAAGGCAUGCCUAAUGGCCAGAUGCCACCGGGAGCGAUGAGGCAGCAGCCAGGUCUUCCUCAGCAACAGCAGCAACAUCAGCAACAGCAGCAACAGCAACAUCCGAAGCAACCGCACCAGCCGCAACAACAGCCGCAGCAGCAGCCGAUGGGUAGGAUGCCAGCACCGGACCAAUUCAUGAAGAAUCUUACAAUGUUCAUGAAUUCGAAAAAUAUGCCUCUAGACUUGAAUCCGAUUGUCGAAGGGCGUCCAGUUCACCUGAUGAACCUCUUCCAGGUCGUGUAUCACAAGUUUGGCGGUUAUCGCAACAUCUCGCAGUCUAAUAACUGGCCUCAAGCUUCACAUGCGCUAGGAUUUCCACCACAGCAGUUCCACUCGGCUCCCCAGCAGCUGAAAAAUAUAUACGAGCACAAUAUCCUGAGGUUUGAGGAGGUGUGGUCGUCACAACAGAAGGUUCGAUUGCAGCAGCAAGGGGGAAUUCCAAACGCGCCAAAUGUACAACCUGGAACUCCCAAGGCUAUGCCACCCGGACCAAUGCAGACCUCGCACAUGAUGCAGCCGGGGCAGCCGCCGCAACAGCUCCAGCAAGGUCCGAUGCAAUCUCCUGUCAAGCCACCCGGCCCACCGCAAGGCAUGAACGGGUUCCCCGGUCCGCAACAUCAUCCUGGCCAGCAUCCGAUGAACUCAGUGCAUAGUCAUCGGAACAGCGUCUCGAGGAGCGUGCAGCCGACGCCCACGGCCGAGGAAUUCCCAUUGGCCUCUCCGGCGCAGAGCAAAGCAGGGUCCAUGUCCCUACCCGGUUCUGCUCAUCCUGAAAGCCACGGAAUGCAGGAUGAAGGGAUGGCCUCCAUGCAGUUCCCGGCACCAUUCGCAACCGACGCGGAAGAAUAUAUGCCUUGCUCGAGGGAGCUCACAACAUUUGGCGGCGUGGAUUUGGUCGCAACUGUGAAAACCGCCGAUGAUCUGUUGAAGUAUAAGCCGGACGUUCCUGCUCCCAUAGAUUUGGGCAACGUCGACGUACACGCCCUGAACAAGAGUAUUCAGAGCGGCAUACACGGUGAGGUUCGACUUGCCUUGGAUACUUUGGCAUCCUUGACCUGCAUCGAGUCUUACCAUGGCAUCUCGAUUCCGCAAAUCGAUCUCCGGCUAUGCGACGACCUAGUUGACUCUCUGGUCGAGUGUGCUGAGGAGCAAGCAGAUCAGCUUGCUGAAAACUCGGAGGAGGCAUCGAAUGAGGUCACUAUUCCUCUUUACGAGGACGUCAUUCGUGCAUGCCGGUCCGAGAGGUUCGCAUUGCGAAACGUGCCGCUAUUUGGUUCUCAAGCGUACGAGCUCGACCGGGCUGUCGACCGACUAAUAUGUAUCACCACCAUUCUCCGAAAUCUUUCUUGCCGCGAAGACAACCAGCAGUGCCUCGCGGAGGACACCGUCAUCAAAUUCAUCUGCGUGGUGAUAAGAUAUCUUGGCACCCGGGAGAUGCUUCUUAGGACCCAGGUGAACACGUUGGAUUUGAUGAAAGAUCUGGUCAUUCUGCUCUCGAAUAUCACCAGCAGAGUGGAGAUUCCGGGUCGAGAACAGGCUUUCUGUCUUCUCCAGUUUUUGCUAGCCUUUGCGCCGUCCCCGAUUCCAACACUCUCCAGCGACAAACUGUACUUUGCAUCAUACGAUCCGGCUCUUCAUCCUUACCUCCCUCACGCCGUCGACUCGCUGGCGAAGCUGUUAGCAAGGGAUGAGCCGAAUCGGACAUUCUACAAGGCGAUAUUUGCUUCCGAUAUUGCAAUCACGGCAAUCCCGCCCGGCGAACUCCUUACUCGAGCCUUUGCACUUGCCAUCUCACCGAUCCCCGACCAUUCUCGCGACGCUCGGCCUUCGAACCUACCUUCAUUGGUUGAGGCGCGGAAGCCUUUCCUGAUGCAAGGUCUCCUUGCUGCCGACAUAAUAGCUGCUCUAGCACCUGGAUUCGAAAGUGGUGUAACGCGCGCGUGGCUUGCGUCAGGCAACGGCUUUGCCCAAAACCUCUUUCUCCUCGUUCGCCAACUCAGCGCUCAGUUUGAGGGUCAGCCUACCAGGUCCGGAGGUGGACAGCAUAGGAACCAUGCCAAGAAGGAUUUGGAGCUUGUGUACAUUGUGGGACUUGCCGUGAGCACUUUGAAACGGCUGAGCGAGAAAGCGCGGGAUCCGAACAAUCCUACAGGGGAGAGUAGCAUACCACCCAAUGUCCUCCCUGGCAGAGACAGUCUUCUGGGCGCGCUACAGAUGCAGGCGCAGGAAUGGAGCAAAGGAAUGUUGGCCGACUUGGUGGCGUAUGCUGGCCUUGAAGAUUGA